AUUUUUAUGUUAAUAUUCUAAAGUUAAUAUUAAGUUCCCGGUUGUUUAAACAAACUCUACAUGAACCCAUAUGGACGUCCGCACCAGCUCAGUCAAUCCUAUAAACCUUAGCUUUACCUGAGCAACCUAUACAUGAGAAGAGACAAGAGAAUCUCAUGAGUUGUGAUGUCCAAUAAGCCUCCUUUACCUUUUGAUUCAUCAACUUGUUCUACAUUUCAACUAAUUUCACUGUCCUUAACAUUCUCCUAAGUUCAGGACGUCGCUGCCUCCCCAGCCAGUCCAACACCACAGCUUAGCAGUGCCUCCCCGCUUACAAACUCCAAGUUUCUGAUAUCAUCUACUCUGAUUUGUCACCAUGUCACGCAUAUGCGUGAAGAACUUGCCUGCAUAUGUAUCCAAGGAUCGCUUGAGAGAACACUUCUCCCUGAAAGGCGAAAUUACCGACAUCAAGCUCAUUCAUACUCAAGAUGGGAAGAGCAGACAGGUUGGAUAUGUAGGGUAUAGGACAGAUCAAGAAGCUGGAGAAGCCCUUAAGUACUUCGACAAGUCUUUUAUGGACACAUGCAGGAUUAGCUGCGAGAUUGCUCAUAAAGUUGGGGAUCCAAAAAUCUCACGCCCUUGGAGUAGGUACUCCCUGGAAAAGCAUGAAAUUUUAUCAAAAAGAAAGAUAUCAAUGGGCAGUGAAGGUUCUAAAGGUGCACAAGCACAUGGAGGGACCAGUAGGGCUAAGAAGAAGGAUGUGUUAAAUGAUAACCCUGAGUUUCAAGAGUUUCUCCAAGUCAUGCAAUCACGUAAGAAGUCAAAGUUAUGGGCAAAUGAUUCUCUCGCAUUUACUUCUUUAGACAGCAAGCAUGAUCCUGCAAAGGAUACACUCACAGUGGAAGCUAAAGUUGAUGGGUAUACUGAAGAGUUUAGUACAGAAUAUGAGAAGGAAGAAAUUCUUAAGAUUGGCCGUCUUGACAUCUUUAAUCUGCCUUAUGUUGCCACUGAAGAGGAGACGGAAAAACACUUCAGCAGAUUUGGUGAUAUCACACAUUUCCAUCUUGUUAUUGAUAAAGAAACAAAACAGUCUAAAGGCAAAGCAUUUGUGGUUUACAGUCUUCCAGAAUCUGCUGUCAGGGCUUUUGAAGAGCUGAACAAAACAAGUUUUCAGGGGAGAAUAUUAUACAUCAGGCCUGCAAAAGAAAACAAUAUUUUUAAGACUAAUAACUUUACUCAACAUUACUCGUCAAAGACAUUUAAACAACUAAGAAAUGAGGAAAGGAAAGCAUCUGAAACAAAUGGAGAUAGAAGAGGAUGGAAUAGUUUGUUCAUGCGAACAGACACAGUUGUUGAAAAUAUUGCGCGGAAACUUGGUGUUAGUAAAACUGAAUUACUCGAUGGAGAAGCUAAUGAUCUUGCAGUUCGUACUUCACUCGGAGAAACUAAAGUAAUUGAAGACACAAAAAGGGCUCUUUCCGAUGCUGGAAUUGAUGUUGCCUUAUUAGAGGUUUCAUGUGGGAAGAAUAAUAAUGCUUUGAAGAAAAGUCGUGUCAUCUUGGUGAAAAACUUGCCAUAUUGUUCAUCAGAAUCUGAACUGGCUGAAAUGUUCGGAAAAUUUGGCAAUUUGGAGAAAGUGGUUCUUCCGUCUACACACACUCUGGCCUUGGUAAUCUUUGUGGAAACUGUUGAUGCUCAUGCAUGCUUUAAUGCUCUAAGAUACAAGUGUUACAAGGGAGCUCCAUUGUAUUUGGAAUUGGUACCCGAGUGUAUUCUAAAUAAAACUACUCUGAUUCCUGGAGGUGAUUCAAGUAAUAAUUCCGUUAUGGUUGAUCGAGACUCCAAUAGAGUUUUGUUGAAUCAGCAAGUGAAAGAAGAUAUGACAGAUUUUGAUGUUGAUCAUGACAAAAUUGAGUCUCGUUCAGUUUAUAUUAAGAACCUGAACUUCAGAACAUCAGAUGAUGAAUUGAAAAAGCAUUUCACAGAUCGCAUGACGGAAGGAAUAAUAUUUAGUGUCACGAUAAAGAAGCGUAUCAAAGAUGGAAAAAUUGUAUCAAUGGGGUUCGGGUUCAUAGAAUUUGAUUCUGUUGAUACAGCAUUGAAAAUCUACAAAGAUAUGCAGGGUACUGUGUUGGACCAACAUGCCCUCACAUUGCAAUUAUGCCAAGCUAAAAAGGAUGAACUUAAUGGACACAAAAAAUUUGGACGUGUGAAGGGUUCAAAAAAAUUGAUUGUAAAGAAUGUUGCUUUUGAAUCAACUGAGAAAGAUCUUAGACAGCUAUUCAGUUCAUUUGGUCAGCGUUUGAGGCUGCCAAAGAGGUUUGGAGAUGGGAAUCACCGAGGUUUCGCCUUUGUGGAGUAUGUAACCGUUAAAGAAGCUGCAGAUGCCCUUCAAGCCCUUUCGAAUACCCAUUUAUAUGGCCGCCAUCUGGUCAUUGAGAUUGCCAAAGAAGGCGAGAGCUUGGAGGAACUGCAGGCUCGAACAGCUCGCCAGUUUGCACAGGAUCCCCUUAAUCCAUCAAAAACGAGGAAGAAUUCUACCUUAUUAGACAACAAUGGAAAUUAAUUAUGAUUUAAAUAUACAAGUAGUUUAUUUUUCAUUCUUUAUUAUUUUAUUCUAUUUUUCAUUCUUUUAAUUUUUAUAUUUUUCCUGGUUUAACUUUAAAACUUUCAUGUAGCUAAAGCACCAAUUUUUUUUUAUUCAAAAUGAAUAAUUAGUAUCCCACUUUUAUUUAAUCAAAGAGAAUUCUCGAGUACGAAUUUCAACAUGGAGUUUUAAUAAGUAUUGUUGCUAUGCUG